UUCAAUCCCAAAUCUCCCUUCUCCUUCUCUCUGAGAUUCCUCCCAAAAUGAGCAACCAGGCCGCCGUGUCCUUCCUCACCAACCUCGCACGCGCCGCCUUCGGCAUCGGCGCCGGCGCCACCAUCGUCAACUCCGCCCUCUACACCGUCGACGGCGGCCAGCGCGCCGUCCUCUUCGACCGUUUCCGCGGCGUCAUCGACGAAACCGUCGGCGAAGGGACCCACUUCCUCGUCCCGUGGCUCCAGAAGCCCUACAUCUUCGACAUCAGGACCAGGCCCCACACCUUCUCCUCCGUCUCCGGCACCAAGGACCUCCAGAUGGUCAACCUCACCCUCAGGGUUCUCUCCCGCCCCGAGGUCAACCGUCUCCCUCAGAUCUUCAAAACCCUAGGGCUCGAGUACGACGAGAAGGUCCUCCCUUCCAUCGGCAACGAGGUUCUCAAGGCCGUCGUGGCGCAGUUCAACGCCGAUCAGCUCCUGACGGAGCGCCCGCACGUCUCGGCGCUGGUGAGGGAGAGCCUGAUCCGUAGGGCUAGGGAUUUCAACAUUGUGCUGGAUGACGUGGCGAUCACGCACCUUUCGUACGGGGCGGAGUUCUCGCGCGCCGUGGAGCAGAAGCAGGUGGCGCAGCAGGAGGCGGAGAGGUCUAAGUUUGUGGUGGCGAAGGCGGAGCAGGAGAGGAGGGCUGCGAUUAUCAGGGCGCAGGGAGAGAGUGAGGCUGCUAAGCUGAUUUCGGAGGCGACUGCCACUGCAGGUAAUGACCUGAUUGAGCUGAGGAGGAUUGAGGCCAGCAGAGAGAUUGCCGGAACACUCGCCAAGUCGCCCAAUGUCAACUACCUGCCUAAGGGGAACAAUGUGCUCUUUGGCCUCGGUGGUCGUUGAAGGUUCCUCAAGGAGUAGCAUCAACAUGAUCGGAUCAUAAAUAGUCAGAAGAGAACACUAUUGGUACUUCUGUUUUUGCGUGGAAAUAGUUUAUCGGAAACUUCAUAAUGAUAAAAACUGAUGGUAUUAGCCUUUUAGGUCGUUUAAAUGUCCGAAUUUAUGAAUGUUUGUUUGUACUUUUGAUAGAGAUUUUGGAGCCUUUUGUUAAUAUGCUGCUGUGUUGCCCACUGAUCUAUCAUUAUUAUCUGUUUCCUUCUAUCUAUAAUGAAUUUUUAAUUCAUCUUGUC